AUGUCUGCUAAGACACAAGACCCUUCCCGAAACGGCGUUGCAGCCGGCGACUCAGUUCAACACCAGCCGUGCAUAUCAUUCAAAGCACUGCUGGUUGGUCUCUGUGCCUUGUUUGCUUCUUUUCUCUUCCUGGCCAAUGCGAAAGUCUUCCAUCAUCCCAAAAGCCAGGUCGACCUCAUUCUUGAGGAAAUUGCCUCUUCUGUUACCCGAGCCGAUCUAAAGGAGGCUACCGAUGCCGUCAAUGGAGUUCUUGGCCAGCUCAUUGUCGAGCUCAGGGCCCACUCUUCACGCCCGGUGAGACAUCCGCUGAGGGAACCGACGAAGGAUCUCGAGCCGGCGAAAAGACAGUUGUUCCCGGAUCUCCUUGGCGGUCUUUUUGAUGGCGACGACAAGGAGAGUGGUGGCGGAGGAAACGCAGCUGGGGGAGCAGCAACGGACACCAAUGAUGAUGGUGGUGGAUUGAGCAGCAUAUUGAGCGGGCUGCUUGGAGGGGGAGAUGGUGGUAGCGACGAUGCCUUUUCCACACUGGCUAAGCCUCUUGCCAACGCGAUUGGGAACUUGGUGUCUGAGGGGGUUUCGGGACAAGGACCUCUUGGAGGCAUCUUGGGUGGAAUUACGGACGCUCUUGGCUCAGGUGCCAAUGCUCUCGGGGCUGGUGUGGGUGAAGGUGCCAUCAAAGGUCUCAACCUCGGAAACAUGACGACGAUUCGGACGACAAGCAAGGCCUCAGGUUCUGGGAUAUCGGGAAUCGCUAAGAACUUGGGUGAAGGCGUAUCGGAGGCCAUCUUCUCGAGCAUCGACAUCAGCAAAUUAACGCCGUCGUCAGAAUCGCUUGCGCUCGCGGCUAGUGCUCUCGGAAGCGGUCUCGGAAAUGGCAGCGCAUCGGGCCUCAAGCUCUCACAGAAUGUUUCUGGCCCGGAUAGCACCCACACUGGACUUACUGGACUGGCUGGCAAUUUGGGGUUUGGCUUGACAGACGGACUCUUUGGUAACAUCGAUGCCGCGUCACUUCUGAAUGGCCAAACGAGUCAGGGCUUUAUGAGGACUCUGGCGCAGAUCCCCGGUCCGGCAGGAAGAGGCCUCGGCCAGGGUGCUGCAAUCGGCUUGAAGCUUGCAAAUGCCAGCUCUGCUUCGACGGACACCACCAAUGAUACCUUCAAUGCCAGCACAGCAAGCGAGUCAUUUACUCGCGAACUGGCUUCUGGGUUCCUGGCUAAUAUCAACAUCCAGCAAGUCAACCAGGAACAGAUCCUUGCAACUGUUGCACAAGUAGCUCCAGCUAUUGGACGAGGUCUCGGGAGAGGCGCAGCUGUGGGCCUGAACGGGCAGAGCUCUGCAUCCACAACUUCAGCUUCGCCUCCACCAACGUCUUCUACAGUCCCUACCAACGGACCUGGUGACAAGCGUCAGGUUGACUCGGCUCCGGCAGCUUCAGGAUCAUUGGAUCUCGAAGGAAUUGCAGGAAACUUCUCCCAGAAUCUCGCCCAAAGCUUCGUUGGCAACGUCGACGUCUCCCAAAUCGGUGGUGCUGAAGCGCAGAAGCAACUUCUCAACACUCUCAGUCAAGCCGCACCAUUCGCCGGUUCCGGGCUUGGUCAGGGUGCUGCGGAGGGACUCGGUCUUACCGGAAAGCUCCCAUCAGAAUCUGCAGAUAGCAAGAGAGUAGCUACCAGGCAGGCUUCGGGACAACGAGAUGACGACGCGAGUGUUGGUGACAUCGCCCAAGGCUUCACACGCUCGUUGUCCUCGUCCUUCUUUUCCAAUGCCAAUUUCAGUUCCCUGCUGUCGAAUGCGGCUGGCCAAGACUCUACGAUGAUUGGUUCCGCUGUGCAGGGUCUCGCUCAAGGUCUCGGCGGUGGCGCUGCUACCGGGCUUGGUCUGCAAGAGGAUGUACAGGAACCUAUCGACGGCCAGGACAUUGGCUCUGUCUUGAAGGGAUUCAGCCACUCCCUUACGACAAGCUUCCUCGCCAAUGGCACGUUGGAUAAUAUUCAGGCGAAAGCUGCCGACGCUGCCUCCAUCCCAGUUGUCCCCGCAGUGCAAGGCCUCGCAAAAGGCUUUGGCAGCGGUGCUGCCUCCGCUUUCGGUCUUAAGGAAGCUGCUGUAUUGGAUCCCAGUGCAACAGACAUCCCUACCGUGGCGCAGGGAUUCUCCGAGUCACUUACUCAGAGCUUCUUGUCCAAUGGCACUGCUCAGAAGCUCUCCGAUAUGCUUGGAUCCCAAGGUUCAGUGAUGCUUGGAUCCAUCGCCGAAGGCCUCGGCAAGGGGUUCGGCAGCGGGGCCGCCGAGUCCCUCGGUCUACAGUCUGAUGAAUCUUCUUCAGACAGUUCGGACAGUUCCGAUUCAGAAGAUGAAGAAGAUUCGGAAAAUCUAGACGCUCCUACGAUCGCGCAACGGUUCAGUAAAGCUCUCACUACCAGCUUUCUCGCUGACGACACGCUUGAUAAGAUCACACAAAAAGCCAUGAGCUCUGGAGGCGGACUAACUGGGAACAUAGACUUCUCUAGAGUCGCUGAAGGUCUUGGGAUCGGUCUCAUCGAUGGCGGAAGCAUAGCCAUCUUCAUGCAGACUGGCAUGGAUAGUGCCAGCCUGACAGAAAACUCACAACAGUUCAACGAUACUGUCGGUGGAGCUGCCACCGGCUUUGGCCGCGGCGUAUCCAGUGAAGCUAUCAAGGCUGUCUUCUCAGCUUUUGGGAACAAGGAUACGGCCGACAAGCUUGCCGAUGAACUCGACACCAGCACCGAUCUCAUCAACACCCCUGACGACUCUUCUUCUUCGGCCGCUUCAGCCACGAACAAACGCUCCGUCGCCGUAGCCCCAAAGACCGCGAAGCGCCAGGCGCAGCUCGACGUCACCGACGCCGUCAACGCCAUCGCCCAAAACAUCAACGUCACCACACUAAACAGCCUCAUCCAACAGGGCGCCGACGCCCUCGGUUGCACCGGCGUCGGCGGACUAAUCCAAGUCGGCCUCGGGCUCCAGCAAAACCUCCUCAACGGCCAAACGCCCAAGAUCCCCUCCCCCCAAAACAUCCCCUUCCUCUCCCAAAUCGACCAAACCAUCAACAUCACCUCCGACAACGACCUCUUCCUCCUCCAACUCGACCUCCCCACCCUCUCCCUCAGCGUCAACCGCCUCUCCAUCGUCAAAUUCGCCGCCCUCCUCGGCGCCCACGUCCUCGCCGUCGCGCUCGCCUUCUACCUCCUCCUCCCCGCCGCCCUCGCCCUCGACGCCGCCCGCACCGUCGCCGUCGGCAUCCUCGCCCGCCCGGACAAGCUGCGCUUCGCGCCCGGGACCGUCGCCGCGCUGCAGGGCUUCGUCGUGCCCGCGCUCGCCGCCGCGGGGGCGGGCCUGGGCGCCGUGGCGGCCGGCAGCGCGGCGCAUGCGCGCACGCCGCAUCAGAUCCUGGGGUGGGUCACGCUGGGGGUGGCGGUCGUCGGGGGCGCGUUGCACGUCGUCGCCGGCAGAGUUGCCAAGAAGAACGAGAAGAAGAAGGAGAAGAGCGUGGACGCGACGAAGCGGCAGAAGGCGUUGAGGCGCGCGAGCGAGGCCGUGGCUCAGCUGGUGCUCGGCCUCGCGCAGGUCGAGCUCGUGCUGGGGGUGCAGGAUCUGAAUGAGAUUAGCUUUUGCGCGACGCAGGGGGUGCCACUGCCGUUGGCGGUGGCGGCGGGCGGCGUGUUGACGGCGGUGGUGUUUGUGAGUGUUGGUGCGGUGGGGUUGAGGGUUGUGGUGGGGAGGUGGCAGAGGGAGAGGGAUAGGAGUGGUGGUGGUGGUGGUGGUGGUGGAGGAGGAGAGGAGAAGGGGACGCCGUCGCCGCCGCCGCCUCUGGUGUCGAGGUUUAGUGCUUGA